AUGGCCAUCAAGAAAAAGAAGAAAUCAAGAAAGGACGAAGAGGACAUUCCAUUAGUUGUUUACACGACCUAUAUUGGAGCCGUCCCGCAAGCGCUUUCUCAUUGUAAAUGGCUUGAGCAAAUGUUUAAAUCACUCAAUGUACGAUAUAAAAAAGUAGAUCUCGGGGUUCAUAAGGAUAUGGUAACGUUUGUGAGGCAGACGAGUGGAAAGAGAGAACUUCCUCAAGUGUUCAUUAAUAAUAUUUAUAUCGGGGGAUAUGAGGAGUUCUUUGAUUGGCACGAAGACGGGAAUGUAUAUUAUGUCCUCAAAGAAAUGGGCUAUACGGAUCCGAUCCCGGAAGAAUUUGACAAAUCAAAGGAACAGAUUGAUCAAGAGGCUGAAGAAUAUGUUAAAAAUAAUGAAGGAGUAUUUCAAGAUAUAAAGGAGAAGGCCAAGAAGAUGGAGUCUGAUAUGGAGCAUUUGCAAGCAGUGCGAAGAAAAUGGUUGUUUCAACGAAAGCAGAAAUUAUAUGAAAAUCUUGCCGAGUCUGAGGCCAACAAACAGGACACUUCGAAAGAUGCAAUUGAGACAAAUGUCAACGUAAAGGAUAUGAUCAAACGUUUGAAUUCAAAAGCUUCAUCAGCACAAUCAAACACUGUUCAAUCAAACACUGUUGCUUUGAAAAAGAACACUACGGAGAAAAAGUCAUUCGAUACAAUUCCAUUGCCUCAAGAUGAGACGACAACUAACACGGAAAAUGAUGACCAUCAAGAUGACAUUCCUCUCCCUGAUGAUAACUAG